AUGAUUCGCGAAACGAACUUGUUUAAUACGGGAUUUUUGGGAGUAAAAGCGAAGGAUUUGCCGGCGAUGGAAGUGCCAGAGAUCAGGGCAAAAUUUCAAAAUCUUGCUGAAACGAUGCGACGACGACAACAGAUGGAAGCUGAUGCAUUAUACGCAGAGCAGGUUUUUGUUUGGAAUUCGGCGAUCCAGAAGAGCGAGGAUUCCACGUUGUUAGCUCUGAAGAAUGCGGUGCCACGUGUACCGGUGAUAGCAUUAUCUCUGAAUCUGUAA